AUGCUGCAUGCUUCAAACACCUCGCCCUCACCCGCUUCUUUGUUCAUCUCGCGUCUGCAUGCUCCCGUGACCCAGGGAAGCGAGUCUACCGCCAGCGGGCCCAGCGGGCAAGCAGGAACGGAUAGACGGAGAACGCCCUAUCUCAGAGGGACAGAAGGAGAGGCGUCAGAUCCGGUGCCAGAUCCGUCCUCGUCUCGGGGGGCAUAUCCAAAUACUACCUCGUACAUCCCCCCUGCCGCUUCUCGCCAUCCCCUCUUUGCUCACCAUGCUCUCUCGCCCCAGCGGAUAGCGGGUCCUUCCGGUUCCCAGACUGUUGCGGAACCACCUUUAGCCACCCCUGCCCCUCAAAGACAACUGUCCCAUGUUGGAGAGAGCUCAACUGCCAGCUCACUCUCCUCACCACCCUCCAUCCGACCAUCACCACAACCAUCCCCCGCAUCCCUCUUCAUCUCGCGCCUUCACGCGUCUAAAGCUGCCGCCACCAGCGCCGAUGAGCCCGGAACGCCGGCCAAGAGAACCAUCAACGAAGGCGGUUUGUCGGGAGGGUCAGAUCUGCGGCGAAUAUCGAGUUUAAGAGGAGGAGCAUCAGGCCCCUCGUUUGGGGAAGCUGCAUCGAAUAUGUCUUCGCCGCAAGGACCAAAUCCAAAUACUGUUUAUACGCCCCCAGCAGCCUCCCGCCACCCACUCUUCUCCCACCAUGCGAAUCCUCCCCAGCGGCAGCUCUCCUAUAGAUCCAAUGGAGGCGCCUCGCCUUCGUUCCUUUCAGACCCCGGACCUUCGGGGCCACCGUCUCCUUCGAUAUCAGACAUGUCCAACCUCUCCGCAAACGCGUUUUCGCCAGCCAACCACUUCUUGUCGUACUUUUCGUCGUCCUCCAGCGGGGGUGCUUCGCAGGUCGCCCCGGAUGCGGAAGGGGCGAGAGUCUUGGGCUAUACGCUCGGCAAGCUGGUGGGCCGGGGUGGAUUCUCGACUGUGCGCAAGGCGAUACUCGUCAAGACGGGCGAAGUCUUCGCCUGCAAGAUUGUGAAGCGAGAUGACCUCUCUGAUCGGAGCGGUUCUCUGGAAAAAUUUGAAGAGGAAAUUCAGACAUGGCAAAACCUUCCAAAACACCCCUGUCUCCUACCGCUAUUAGACAUGCACCGCACACCCUCUGUCACAUUCCUCUUUAUACCCUACAUGCCGGGCGGGUCGCUCUUGGAUGUCCUCCAGAAAGAAGGCGGGUCAGACAAGACGGCGCGCAAGUGGUUCCCUGGCGUUGUCGCGGCCGUUUCGGCAAUGCACGACGGUUACUCCGGGUUCCCGGGAGGCCUCUUGCAUGGUGAUCUGAAGCUGGACAACUUUUUGGUGGAUCUUUCUGGUAAAGUCAUGGUCUGUGACUUUUACAUGGCGCAGCAGGUGGGGAUAGGCGAGCCGCGACGGGGGAGAGAGAUGGCAACGAUACCACCGCCGUUGAAUGGGAAUGCUGGUGGUGUGGGACGCCAUUCGACGUUACCUAGCAACUUUCAACGAGGUUCUAGCAGGCUGCCAUCGCCUUAUAGGCAUUCCAACCCUCACUCUCAUGGACCUCGCCGAGUUUCAAAUGAGCACCACCUCCAUACUCCUGAAGGCGCCGCUGUCGCCUCCCAGCCAUUCCCUUCCGCCUCUCUACCCUACGCCCCACCUGAACUGCUCCGUGCUCCGCCUUCCGGUCCUUCUCUCGCCCAGGACAUCUGGGCUGUUGGCAUCAUCCUCCACGCCCUGUUGACUGGACGUCUGCCCUUUGUGGACGCGUUCGACCCGCGUUUGCAGAUGAAGAUUCUGCGCGGGUCUUGGGAAGUACCACAGGGCUUGGGAAAGGAGUGGGAAGAGUGUCUCGUGGGGUGUCUGGAUGGAGAUAGGGAGGCGAGGUGGACGAUCAAGAGGAUCAGGGAAAGCGAUGCUAUAGUGGGAUGGAGGGAAGUGCAGAGUCGAAGUAAAAGCAGGAGUCGAUCAAGAGCUAAGGGAUUCGGACUGGGUGACCGGUAUUUGGACCCCUUGGGCAGAAACAGCUCGCAGCCGGUACCGAUCCUCUCACCCAAUCCUCGUCUGCGCGAUAUCUCUCGUUCGCGAGACCGCAGCGGCCAGAUCGAACCACCGCUCUCUUCCUCCAACUACACUCCACGCGACCCAUUCGCUCUCCUCCCCCAACCCAACAUGCCGUCCGUUGGCCGUUCACGCAGCGUCAGUGCGUCUAGGAGCAGGAGCAGUGGGCAUCGUCCGAUGUUUGCUUUGGACGGGGUGGAGCUUGCGAGGGGUCUUGAGAGUGUCGAGCUGGAUCGAGGAAGGUCGGCAAGACGGGAUUAUGAUUACGCAUCUUCCAGCAACUCGCCUUAUCCGCCUCAGCGUAAUACCCCCUCGGCUUUGGCGUUUGCUAGACAGCAGGGUACACCUUCCAAUCAGACCCCUGUGCCUAUACCUUCGAGUAACAAUCGAUCUCGUUCCGAGAGCGCCAAUCGAGCCGGCCACGUUUGGCAUCCCCAGUCUGCUCCUGCCCAGAGCGGAAAGUUUAGAGAAGCCAUGGCGACAAACUUUCCCGCUCAAGGCCCUCGACCUGUACCCACUCCGCAGAACGAUCAGCGGUCUCACCCGAAUGCCAAAUCUCGCUCGAGAUCACGACACUCGCAGACUUCGCAGACUUCCACCUCCCCGUCCGCUUCUCGCUCUCUCAGUCGUGGUGGACAAGCAUGGACGGGAGAGAGGGAUGGGCAUGGGGGUGUAUGGGAGGCGGCGCCGGAGAGGUAUGCGUAUGGGCAAGAGCUCGGGGCUGUUCAUGAGGAAGAUAGGGGGCGUGAUAGGAGCACGGGGCUGGCGAUCGGCCAGGCCGAGAGGGGUGUCAGUAGAGGGAGAAAGGGGAGGAGGGAGUGGUGA